AUGGCCGACUCCAUCUUCAAAGAGACUGUUCCAGUUCGACGGUACAAGCGUCCGAGCAGUGCUAUUUCACCCUGCAAGACUGCACAGGAUCCCGUCCAGCCUGAGACAAAGACACCUUCAAGAAAGCGACCUAUGAAGAAAGCUAGAUUCUCUGAUUCUGCUUUACUUAGCAAUUCUUCCGUUCCCGGAACAACUGGCCUCACUCCUUGGGUCGGCAAGACUUCCAUCAAAACUCCGAGGAGGAGAGUUUCAACGCCAGCACCAACUCGACAUCGAGAUUAUGAGGAAAUCCAAUUCACACCAAUUCGGGAACAGCUUGAACCUCGUACGAUUCGACGCAUUCGACGUCAUGGUCUCAGCGAAGAAAUGAAUCGGUGUCAUGAAGAACAAAAAAGCCUAGCAGAACUGCAACGUCAACUCGACCUCAAAGAGGAAGAGGUACAGCGCCUGAAAGUCGAGUUGGAUAAGGCCAAGAAUGCAACGACCGAUACAAUCUCUAGUCAAGAGCGAGUGGCUGAAGCUGAAGCAGAACUUGCACAGCUGAGACAGAGCUUCAGUGUAAAUGCCGAGCCAAUUUCUUGGGACCAUGUACCUACAGGUGCCGGACUUGGACCUGCAAGUGAUGGUGGGGAUACAUUCCGUAUCUAUGAAGACGAAAACCCGGAUCAUAUCAACGGAAAUUCGAUAUCGAUGCCAGACAACGAAGACGCCAUUGCCAUGGGACUUGAACUUGAGUCGGCUCGUCAAGCCAAAGAAGCACUCUUUCGGGCCAGCCAGACUUCGUUCACAAACAACAUACAUUUUGCAGACUCUCCAGUUCGUGCUGCCUCGACUAACUUGAACAUUCCACCAACGCCAAACACAUUCUACCAUGAUUUAUCGAAGCAGUUGAAGGCAGCAGUUAGCCGAGCGGAGGGUGCUGAAGUUGCUCUUCAAGCAAUGAAUUUGGAAGUACAGAGUUUGGGAUUCGGUCUUGUUGAUGAUGAUGCCAGUACCUGUAUCUCCAACGUCAAGGAUCAAUUCCGCCAAAUGCGUCUAGAACUUGAACGGGCUGUUCCAGGUGAGACAGUAGGGUCAUUCGACAACGCCACAUUGCUGCCAGAGAUCGCAUCCAAGUUGAAACUAGUGGCAAGAAGACUUCAAGACCGUGAAGCGGAACUAAAGUCGAUGAGAAAUCAACAACGUACCCUUAAAGGCAAUUUCGAUCAUGCCAUUGUUGCAGCCGAGAAGGCCAAUCUUCGAGUCAAAGAGCUUGAAGACACAAUCGACAAGAAUGCUGAGGAGAUGUUGGAGAUUCGAAUGCGGGCGCAGGCUGUUGCACGAGAGGCCGAAGAGCAUGCAUCGAACAAUCGAUCUCUGAUCACAGCGAUUGAGAAAUACCGGGAAGAAGUCACGCGGCUCGAGCAGCUGGUAGAGCUGAUAGAGUCAGAACAAGCAGCCAGACUUCAAGAUGUCAGAACUGCCACACUCGAAGAAUUGUCUCAGAAAAUCUCGGAUAUCGACGCUAAAGCUGCCUCGGAAACUCGCGGUCGAAGAGCAGCCGAGGAGUCUGCUGUGGAUCGAUUGAGAAAGAUCAAUGAAUUGGAAUCGGCUCUUUCUACAGCUCGACAGCACUCUGAAGACGUCAAACAACAGCUGAAGUUACUUGAAAAGCAACUUGUUACUUCCAAAGGCAGCCAUGAACAAGAAGUCGGCGGGCUCAACUCGAGAAUAUCUGGACUUUCAACAGCUCUGUCAUCUGCAAAUGCGGAAGUCGAAAAGUUGAAGAAGAUCAAUGGUAAACUCGAAGAGCGAUACAAGAAUGAGGUUGAACAAGGUGCACAAACCCUGGAGAGGAUUCAAAACGAAUACAUUCGGUCCGUUGCCAAGAUCAACGAAGAACGCAAGAGUCAUAUCCGCAGUUCCAAAGUCCGAUAUGCCAAUUGGAAUCUGCUCAGCGAUGAACUUACCUCGGAUGAUGUAGCACCCAUGACACCCGCCAGCUUGGUUCGUUUUGUCGACCCGGACCAUUCGGAGGACCACAUUCAAGGUAGUGUUGAGAUGUCGAGAGGCAAGAAAUCUCGACGCAGCUCAGGUCACUGUCUUGGUAUCAGGAAGCGUGGUCGAAGACGCUACGACAGUGGCAUUGGGAUGGAUUCCUUGAGUGAAGCUGAAGACAGCAUGGCUUCAGACCCGAUUACUCCAGACUUGAACUCUGAGGCAGAAAUUGAAACCGAUACUGGAAUGGAUACCGCAGUACGAAUGACGGGAUAA